GACGGAUAAAUGACGCAAUACGCGAGUCACGCGGCUGUCACUUGACACAAAAAGAUUGGAAGGUGUGUGUGGGCGACGCCUCAAACGGACUACUUGGUUUUAUUCUCGUUCUUGAGCGUUUGUGGAUGGCUGCGGCGCUGGCAAAGAUCUUCGGGACGGGGAAGAAGGGAGAGCCGCCCUCCCCGCAACAGGCGAUCCAGAAACUGAGGGAGACGGAGGAGAUGUUGAGCAAGAAGACAGAGUUCUUGGAGAAGAAGAUCGACAAGGAGAUGCAGACCGUCAAGAAGAACGGGAUGAAGAACAAACGAGCGGCUCUGAAUGCACUGAAGAGGAAGAAGAGACUGGAGAAGCAGCUGGCCCAGAUCGACGGGACCCUCUCCACGAUAGAGUUCCAGAGAGAGGCUCUGGAGAACGCUCAGACCAACACGGAGGUCCUCAAGAACAUGAGCUACGCCGCCAAGGCCCUCAAGGCCGCCCAUCAGCACUUAGAUGUGGAUGAUGUCCACGAUAUGAUGGAUGACAUUUCAGAGCAGAACGAGAUAGCCCAGGAAAUUGGCGAUGCCCUCUCUGCACCCAUUGGCUUCAACCAAGACCUUGACGAGGAUGAGCUGCUGGCAGAGUUGGAGGAGCUGGAGCAAGAGGAGCUGGAGGGACAGCUCCUGGACGUGGAGACACCCUCUGCUCCUCUGGAGGACCCGUCAGAACAGCUGCCCGACGUCCCCACACAUGUCCCAGCGUCACGGAAGAAGGUGGCGGAUGAAGACGACGACCUGCGAGAACUGGCAGCCUGGGCCACAUCGUAGCCAACGACAUCAUCGCGAUGUAAUGGCCGGACAUGUCUUUUCAACCUAUGCUUAUUAUUAUUUUGUCCCAUGUCAUGUUGGUGCACUUCUCAUAAGAGAAUACAUCUUCUGAGUAAAAGGCAUUCUUUUAAUUAUACAACACCACUGCAGUAAUAGGUUAUUAUGCAUAAUUGUUAGAGUGUCCGUGAUCUUAUCAGUGCGUAAACGUAAGGCAAGCGCAAUUAUAUAGCCAUAUCCUCAUUGCAUAAUAACAAUGGCAGCUACAUACAGUGCCUCUUGUCAUGCCAUUUCCGUGUAUAUAUAUCGGGGGCCACCAAAAACUAGAGAGACGCGGCGUUUUUCUCUGCAUCACACUUUGUGGUAUUACAAAACUCAAAAAUGAAGAACUGCAAUUUUCUCUCCAUUUCACUGCAAUGAUGAUUAAUUACUAUAACCCUAGACCUUCUUCUACCACUGCUAUAACGCUAGUUCUCUGCCAGCGCUGUAAGUGGUAGUCUGUGGUGCCUUCCUGGCGUGCCCACACCUUGACCGUCUGCAAGUUGUACACACCGGGUCUGGUAAAGUUUGCGAAAACGCUGAGCGUUUGCUUGGAGUUGGCCGGGAGAGUGAUAUGUCUCUGGCACGUGGCCCCGGUCCAUACCACGCCGGAAUCGGGUACUGGGUGUUUGGAACUGGAAUGGGACGGAGGAAUGGAAGAAUUCCGAGAGUGGAAAUGGUGAACUUACCCUGUUUUUUGAUCCUGUUGGACUUCCUUGUGGUGAUGAUACAGUUCUAUGGAAGCCUGGAUGGAAGUGCAUUGUGGGGUGAAGACAGAAAGUGUGUGGAGAAUGCAUACACCAACAAACUACAGGAACUGCUGCAGAUGUGCACUGGCCAAGGUUAAUGUAUAUAUAUACUGUACAAUCGUCAUGCUAUUGUGAGGAUGUGUGCCAUAAGCAAAAGUAAAGAAGACCUGCAUGUGCCUUUUGCGGUUGGGCUGACAUGCACAGAGCAGUUCUGUAGUCAUGUAAUGACCGCAAAUAAAUAGUUGCCACAACUUCGUAGCAUUUACCGUGUGUGUGAAAAGACAAGUGCUAUUUGUGUCUGACCUGCACUGAGCAGUGUGAGCAGUUCUGUAGAGUGAUGAUGACAGGAGCCUGACAGGAGGCCCCGCCAGUGGAGAAACGGUGGACGAGGGAGGCUGGAUGGUCCACGUAGUGCUUGACAAGGUCGUAGGGAGAGUGGGAGGGAGACACAGAGUGCGGUGACGGCUCACUAAGGAGAGCCAUAGAUUGUGGUAGACAAACAGGGACCAUGUGAUGCCCACAUGAGUAGAGUACAUCUGAACCUUGAGACACGAGUGCCUUCAGCAAGAAGUCGGGAAGACAGAAGGAGAGAGGG